CUCCUGAUUGGCUGAGCGCCAGGCAGGCCAAGCGCCGAGGCGGCCAUGGACGAGGGAGGCGCGGCCUUCAAGAAGGAGCUGGUGAGCCAGCUGUUGCAUCUCCAUUUUAAAGAGGACAAGACGAAAGUGAGCGGAGACCCUCUGCUGCUCAUGGCGGAGUUCCUCAAGAUCUUCGUGCGAGAGGCGGCCGCCCGGGGCGUGAGGCAGGCGCAGGCCGAGGACGUGAGCGACGUGGACGUCGAGCACGUGGAGAAAGUGCUGCCCCAGUUGCUCCUCGACUUCUAGAGGGGCCCGGCCAUCGCGGGACAAACCGGGCGGCCCCCGCCCCUCGGCCUUCCGCGCUUCCGACCGGAAACGGGACACGACGCCGGCCCCCGAACCCCUGCCUCGCCCCCGCUCCGGGACGAGGGUCGGCGGGAACCGCCGUCCCGCCGCCGGGAACGGGCGAGUCGGGAAAGGCCGGAGCGAGCGGAGAGAGGUCCCGCACCCCCGGAGAGCCCGAGGCCUUCAACCGGAGUUAGAAAUCUCUUCUCGCAAUAAAUCCAAAUAAUAAUAAUAAUAACGAUGGCGUUCGUUAAGCGCUUACUAUGUGCCAAGCACUGUUCUAAC